AGCACGUGGCCGUACCACCGGAGCCCUGGCUGGCGACGGCGCUGCUGUGGCGUGGGCAGCGCUUGGGGUUGAAGGAUCCCAUGCAUCGGAAGCUGCUGAGGCCGUACCUCCCGAAAGGUCCCAAAGAAGGCCGCUUCCAGGAGAUGUACUCCCUCUGGCGGGCGGCUGGACUCUUCGAGGACUUGCGGGCUCAAGCAGCCAAGUCGCAGUCGGCGGACCUUGCCAAGGAUUCCGACUAUGACAAGUUGCUGGCGUAUUGGAUGACCAGGCUGAGAUAUCAGAUCCAGCCGUGGCCGGCAGAGGCGAAGACGGCGAUGAACUUCGCCAUCGAAAGCUAUGGCUUUGAGAUGGCAGAUCCGGAGAUCUUUAAGAAGUUAGAGGACUGUGAAGAGUUGGACGAAGAGUUGCAGAGGGAGAUGGACGAACUCAAGGGCUCGGUGCUGGAGGCAGAAGAAGAGCGCAAGCGCUUUCCCGUGGAGAAGCUGAACGACUUCGACUCCCUCUUCAUUGGGCAUAGCAACUUUCAUGUGGAAAACCCCUUCCAACCCUGGGAGGACACGAGCCUGGCGAUCCGGAAGCGGUUCAAGGAGAAAUGCCAACGGCCUCUCUACAACGACGUGGGCUUUUACCACUCCGAGGAUCUCCUACUCGAUCUCCUUGAAGACCAAGGCGAUGCCGAGGGCUUACCCUUGGCGCUUCAGGGGCAGAGUCCCAAGUUCGACCUCAUCGCAGGGGUUACCCUGGUCCUGGACGAGCCCAUGUUGGAAAGGAUGUGGAAGUUGCUGAAACCUGGUGGUGUCAUCAUCUGGAACACUUGGUGGCGACACGAAGGUGAAUAUCCCGGGCUUCGACCCAACCUGCAGAGUUUAGGCUACGAGGCAAUGAAGGAUGAGGAGCUCCCUCUGAGUUUCGUCACGUCGCCCUUCACACAGUCAGGCGCGGGCUGAGGGAGGGAGCAGCGGGGGUGAAUGCAUUUGGAGGUUGAGGUGCCGCGGUUCCGCCAGUGUGUCAGUCAGUCAAGUGCAAUCCAGCUGAAUUUGGCCAAAGGUCUUUAAAAUCAGAACCUCAAAGUCCAAUGGACGUGUCUUCUAUGAGGAGGUCAUAUAUGAUGGUCCUUCAAGUUCGGACAGUCUGUCCGAACUGACCUGUAACAGUCUGUGAACAAGAAC